UGCGUACUCAAACAGUGUGUGCGUAAUGGCUGCUUGAGUGAAUUUAGAUGCUCCGUCUCUUAUGCUUUUGAUUUGACCAUGACAAACGGAUAACGUCGAGACAUCGGUGCUAAAAAUGGUUUAUACUCAUCCAGAGACGCAGCCAAAGACGAAAUCUAACAGCUUGAAGUGAUUAACCAACGUUUUAGGUUGAGGCCUGUUCAGUGCCCUGCUGGUCAUGGCGAUGAAGGCCCGUGUGGAGGCGGUUCUAAACGUGGGUCUGCGGAUCCCCAGCAUCAUGCUGCUAGAGGUGCUGUACCGCUGGGACGUCAGCUCCUUCUUCCAGAAAAUACAGAGGAGCAGUCUCAGCAAUAACCCUCUCUUCCAGUACAAAUAUAUUGCCCUGUACCUGCAUUAUGUCGGCUACAUCCUCAGUCUGGUGUUGUUGACUUUACCCCGGCAGCAUCUGGUGCAGCUCUACCUCUAUGUGCUCACAGCUCUUCUGCUCUUCGCUGGACACCAGCUCUCCAGGGAUUAUGUACGUGGAGAGCUGGACUCUGGUUAUGAGGGACCACUUUACCUGGAGCCUCUGACCAUGAACCGCUUUACCACAGCACUCAUUGGUCAGGUCGUGGUGUGUACGCUGUGUUCCUGCGUCAUGCAGACCAAACAGAUCUGGCUGUUUUCUGCACAUCUGCUCCCCCUAGUGGCUAGACUGUGCCUCGUGCCCCUGGAGACCAUCGUCUUCAUCAACCGCUUCUCUAUGAUCUUCACCGGUCUGGAGGUGCUCUACUUCAUCGCCUCCAACCUGCUGGUGCCAUACAAUCUGGCCAAAACUGCCUACAGAGAGCUGGUGCAGGUGGUGGAGGUGUACGGUUUGCUGGCUCUGGGCAUGUCUCUGUGGAAUCAGCUGGUUCUGCCUGUUCUCUUCAUGUGCUUUUGGCUGGUGCUGUUUGCACUGCAGAUCUACACCUACUUCAGCACACGGGACCAGCCGCCCUCCAGAGAGAGGCUGCUCUUCCUGUUCCUCACCAGUAUCGCUGAGUGCUGUAGUACUCCUUACUCUCUGCUGGGGCUGGUCUUCACUGUGUCUUUCGUGGCGCUGGGCGUCCUCACCCUCUGCAAGUUCUAUCUACAGGGAUACAGAGCUUUCAUGAAUGACAACGCCGUGCACAGGGGAAUGACUGAGGGCAUCACUCUGCUGGUCUUGGCUGUUCAGACUGGGCUCAUUGAGCUGCAGGUCAUUCACAGAGCAUUCCUCCUCAGCAUCAUCCUCUUUGUCGUGGUGGCUUCCAUCCUGCAGUCCAUGCUGGAGAUUGCUGACCCUAUAGUUCUGGCACUGGGGGCCUCCAGAGACAAGAGUCUGUGGAAGCACUUCCGAGCAGUAAGUCUUUGUCUUUUCCUGCUGGUCUUCCCUGCUUACAUGUCUUACAUGAUCUGCCAGUUCUUCCGUAUGGACUUCUGGCUGCUCAUAAUCAUCUCCUCCAGCAUCCUCACAUCACUGCAGGUUCUUGGUACACUUCUGAUCUACAUCCUGUUCAUGGUGGAAGAGAUUCGUAAGGCUCCUGUUGAGAACAUGGAUGAAGUCAUCUACUGUGUCAAUGGGACCUACCGGCUCCUGGAGUUCCUGGUGGCCGUCUGUGUGGUGGCCUAUGGUGUCUCAGAGACCCUGUUUGGAGAAUGGACUGUAAUGGGCUCCACCAUCAUCCUGGUUCACUCUUAUUAUAACGUGUGGCUAAGGGCCCAGCUGGGCUGGCAGAGCUUCCUGUUGCGCAGAGAUGCAGUUCACAAGAUCCAAAACAUGCCCACUGCUUCUGCAUUACAACUCCAGCAACAUAAUGACAUCUGUUCUAUCUGCUUUCAGGAUAUGAAGUCUGCUGUCAUCACGCCAUGCGGCCACUUUUUCCACGCUGCCUGCUUAAAGAAGUGGCUGUACGUGCAAGAAACAUGUCCUCUGUGCCACGGCCAGCUCAAAAGCCAAUUACAGCCAACAAGCUCUUCAGGAGCUGCCAAUCAGAACCCAGCAGAGGUGGAACAGGAGGAGGGUGAUCCACAGGUUGAGCUGGACCCUGAGGAAGACACCCAAGCAAAAAACACUCCUCCCAUGCAAACCCCAACCGAGCGAGAGCUUGGAUCGGACUUGCCACCGGGGAGCUCGAAAAUCCAGCCCAAAGAAUGUGAUCCAGCGGCAGAGAGCAGCACCAGCCCAGAUGCUGAUCUGAAUGAAGAUGGUUCCUGCAGCACGUCAGAUGUCCUUUUCUCUUCAUGAGCAAAUGAUAACCCUCAACUCUUAUCAGCCUGUUUAGUGUCACCACAAACACUUCAUAUUGCUGAGGUUGAGGACUGCAUUAGGAGAUGAUAGGGAUGGUUUACCCUAAAAUAGAAGUUCUGUCAUCAUUUACUCACACUAUUUUUGUGGAACACAAAAGAAGAUAUUUAGAAAGUUGUUCCAGCUGCACUUUUCCAUAUAAUUAAAUGGAGUAAAAGGCUGUUUAUGUGGCAGCUUAUCCCACCACAAAAUUAAAAAUAAUGGCUACUAAUUAUGACAAUUUGGACUGCCUCACAAUUCUAAUAGGAAAAAAGUCAAAAUUGCAAAAUAUUAACUCUGGUUUUUUUUUUCCACCAUGGAAUAAAGAGUUU